AUGAAGUUAGACGCAUUUUAUUGUGGUGUAUUUGGAUUAAUUAUUUUAACAUGUCUUCUUCCUUUUAAAGAAAGUUUUAAUGACUUAAGUAAUUGUGGAAUACUUAUUAGUUUUUCUUUUAUUGGUGGGGUAGCAUGUUAUUAUUUAAUUCCACAUAUGGGAAAUAAAUGUAUUGAAAAAGGAUUAUUUGGACUUGAUAUUAAUAAAGGGACUCAAGACAAAAUACCAGAGUCAAUGGGAUUAGUAUGUGGUAUAGUAUUUAUGUUUAUUACUAUGUUAUUUUCAUCAUUGAUAUCAAUUCCCAAUUAUAUUAUAUCAUUAUUAGUAAUUUUAUUUAAUUUUAUUAUUGGAUUAAUUGAUGAUUUUCUUGAUAUUAGAUGGAGAUAUAAAUUAAUUUUAUCUUUUUGUUCUUCAGCGUUAAUUGUAAUUAUCUAUCCUGGAAGUUGCAUAUUAUUUGGAAUAAAUUUAUCAAUCAUUUAUCCUUUUGCAUUAAUUUGUUUAUCAGUAUUCUUUACUAAUUCAAUUAAUAUGUUUGCAGGAGUUAAUGGAUUAGAAUCUGGACAAUGUAUUAUUAUUUCUGCUUAUUCUAUUCUUCAUAAUAUUAUUGUUUUAUUAACAACAAGUUCAUCAAAACAGUAUGAAGCUUCUUUAUUAUCAUUAUAUCUUCUUAUUCCCUUUAUAUUUGUAACAAUAGUUCUAUUUUAUUAUAAUAAAUUCCCAAGUAAAGUAUUUGUUGGAGAUUCAUUUACUUAUUUUUCAGGUGGAGUAUUAGGAGUAGCUUCAAUAAUUGGAGGUUAUGACCGUUUAAUGUUUUGUUUAUUCUUCCCUGAAUUUAUUAAUUUCUUUGUUUCUAUUCCACAACUUUUUGGAUUUAUUUAUUGUCCAAGACAUAGAUUACCAAAAUUAAAUAAAGAAACUCAUAAAUUGGAAUGUGUUACUUCACAUCAUACAUUAUUAAAUUUAAUUCUCUUUAUAGUUGGUCCAAAGACAGAACAUGAAUUAGUUAAUAUUGCAUUUAUUUUCCAUUUCAUUACUUGUGGAAUUGUUAUGGUUUUAGCUUAUUUUGUUUUCCCAACAUUCCUUUUAGAUUCUUUUUAA